AUGGUCCAAAACUGGGAUCAGAAUGGGCUACGAGCUCGCUUUUGUCACUCCCUUUCGGAAUUGUACAAGACCGAAGUCCCCUUGUAUGGAGAUCUAGUCGAUGUGGUCUUCGAAGCAGAUACACAGGCAGUACACGACAGUCAGGAAAGUGCAAAUAUCAUCAAUCCAGACGACGUGUUACCCUCCAGACACCGAGUUGAGCGGCACGGAGCCAUACGACUUGGAACAGCCCACGAGCUGAACACAAUACGACGCAUGUUCUCCGUGAUGGGAAUGUACCCAGUGGGCUACUACGAUUUAAGCCUUGCUGGCUUCCCAAUGCAUGCAACCGCUUUCCGACCGACUUCUCAAGACGCCCUAUCACAAAAUCCAUUCCGUGUUUUCACUACAGUCUUGCGAAUGGAUUUGUUGACAGGGAAAACGCGGGAAUUGGCACAACGGGCGUUGAAACAAAGAAACAUUUUCACUCCGAGACUUAUUGAGAUUUUAGAUAUGGUCGAUAAGAAGGGAACUAUGACACCAGCGGAAUGUACCGAGUUUAUCAACAAUGGACUGGAGACUUUCCGAUGGCACUCGAAAGCGACAGUCACUCUCGAUGAAUACAUGCUUCUUAAAGCUGAACACCCCUUGAUCGCCGAUAUCGUCUCCUUUCCCAGUUCUCACAUCAACCAUCUCACUCCGCGUACUAUCGAUAUUGAUUUGGUACAGCAGUUGAUGCUAGAUCAUGGCAUGCCCGCCAAGGAACGUGUCGAGGGUCCUCCGAAGCGGAAUUGCCCAAUUCUUCUACGACAGACCAGCUUCAAGGCUUUGGAGGAAACAGUCUAUUUCCGGGACACAUCCGGCACCUUUGUGAAAGGAUCCCAUACCGCCCGAUUCGGUGAGGUGGAACAACGAGGCUACGCCUUGACGCGUGCGGGACGACAGCUCUACGACAAAAUCCUGGACCAAGUGAAUGCAGAAGCCGAAAGGCUGAAACUCAAGGGCAACGACUAUGAAAAUGCUCUAAGAAGCCACUUCACAGAAUUCCCAGAUACCCUGUCAGAGCUACGGGAACAGAACUUGGCAUACUUCUGCUACCAGCUGACGCUGGCUGGCGAGCGGAUGGCCAAAGAUGACAUGGCUAUCUCCGAAUUUGGAACAACCGCCGUCAGUCUCCAAGCUCUAUUGGACAAGGGCAUCAUGAAAUAUGAGCCUCUGACCUAUGAGGACUUCUUGCCCUUGUCGGCGGGGGGCAUCUUCAACUCAAACCUCGGCGACGUCUCUCAGUCUAAGCAGCUUAUUAUGAGUGCAGAGCCUGAUCUGGACGGAUUCCAGCGCUUAUUGGGGGCUCACAUUGCGGAUGAAUUCCAUCUCUAUGCUCAAAUGCAGCAGGAGUCGCUCUUGCAUUGUAAACAGCAUUUGGGGUUGCAUGAUAUCAUGGAGUAA